GUUUUCAUCACUUGAAUUCUCAGAGAUUAACAAAUAUGGCUUUGUGGAAGAUUUCAGCUUUUGUGGCUUGUGUGGUGGGGUUAGCUCUGGUGAUUCCUUCCCAUGCACAAAACUCUCCUCAAGACUACCUUAAUGCACACAAUGCAGCUCGUUCAGCAAUCGUGGGUGCAAACAUACCAGCUCUGUUAUAUGACACCACAUUAGAAGCAGAUGUCCAAUUGUAUCUCAACACAUUGCUUGGCCAAUGCAAUCUUAACGUUGAUCUUUCGUUGAAUGGCAUCAAUGUAAAAGUGAAAGAAAAUUUAUUGACAGGGCUUGAUGCUGUGAAUGCUUGGGUUAAUGAGGAGAUCUACUAUGACUACAACACCAAUUCAUGCAUUGGAGGAAUUUGUACUCAUUAUACUCAAGUUGUUUGGAAGAGCUCAGUUAGCAUAGGAUGUUUCAGGACACAGUGCCUUAACAAUUUGAAUCUUUGGAUUGUUGGCUGCAAGUAUAGUCCACCUGGCAACAUCAUUGGACUGCGCCCUUAUUAAGCUCUACUUCACAUCACCAAGCUAAGAGAAGCAUGCAUGGGAUAUAUAUACAUGGUGACCAAUAAUAAUCCCAUAUAUCUUAAUGUAUUUUAAUUUUUAAGUUUGCAUUGUUUUUCUCCGUGAAUAAUAUUUCUCCUUUUCCCUUGCUGAUCAA